UUCGCUCUACUCACUCGCGUUCAGUUGCUCCGGAUUUUCGUGCUCGCCAACGUGUCUCAUUUGGAACGAAGGUCUCUCAGCGCUCUGUUGAACGUGGUCCAAAACUCAGAUCGGGACGGUUGGUUCCAUUGACAUAGGAAUUGAGAUCGUGAUUGAGAUUGAAGUAGAGAAUGUCUUGUGAUUCUAAAAACGAGUGUAUUGACAAGUGCGAGCCUGGCAAAGAAAGGUCUAAUUUGCCGUUUCAAUGGCGCGAAAUUUCGGAACAAGAGCAGAGACUUCGACUUCAGAGCUGGCCGGAACCCAUGUCAGUGUGCCGUGAUGUCAUUGCUCUGGAACCUGGAAAUGUUAUUGUUCCAAGAGAGUUCUUGGACAUUGCAUAUCAGAUUUAUAAUUUUGAAAUCCGGUCUGAUGAUGUGUUUGUUGUUACCUUUCCUAAAAGUGGAACCACAUGGGCGCAAGAAAUGAUUUGGCAAAUAACCCAUCAUUGUGAUUUUGAGGGCGGCAAAGUGAACUUGGGCGCCCGAUCUCCCUUCCUGGAACUCCCCAUGCUCAUUCCCGAUCACAAACUGAUGCCCAUGGUCCCCAAAGAGAAACUUCUUCAAGCCAAAAGGAUUCUCGAAUUGGCCAGAUCCAUGCCCUCGCCUCGGGUCAUCAAAAGUCACCUGCCCAUUUGUUUCCAACCACCAAAUCUGCUCAACCGAUGUAAAGUGGUUUAUUUGGCCAGAACACCAAAGGACUGCUGUGUCUCCUACUAUCAUCAUGAGCAAUUGGUUCCUAUUCAUGGCUAUGAAGGCGAUUUCAAGUCUUAUGCAUCAUGGUUCAAGCGAGGGCAGCUUCUGUAUGGAGAUUACUGGUUCCACCUUUCGGAGGCAGUAUCACGCCAAGGCCAUCCAAACUUAAAGAUCAUUUGGUAUGAACAAAUGAAGAAGGACCUACCCGGGGUACUCCAAGAAACCUGCACAUGGUUGGAGCAGCCUUUGUCAGAUUGGUCCUUGAAGGAACUUGUCCAACAUUUGUCCUUUGACAGGUUCAAGUCAAAUUCAGCCGUCAAUAAUGCAGCUUUGACCAAUCCCAAGACCGGCCAAUGUUUCAUCCGAAGAGGCAAAAUUGGUGAUUGGAAGAACCAUUUCGAUACGGAGACCUCUUUGGAAUGGGAUGAUUGGAUCCAGGAGAAGAAGAGAGAGUUUAAGAUAAACAACUUGUUUUAGACCUUACCGUAUUUAUGAGGAAUGAAUGCCAUUACAUUGGAAAUAAAGACGUUUGACCCUCUCCCAAAA